AGCGAGGAGGGGGAAGAGAGUCGAGAGGGGAGCUGAAGGCACGGAAGCUCAACUUCCUUAGUGUAAGAGAGGAUUAAUAAAGAGAGAGGGAGAGAGGCAACGCAAAUGCAGAGUGUGUGUGCAAAUCAAAGAAUAAGCACUGAAUCGGCUGCUGAAGCAAUAAAAUGUGUAAAAAUCCACCACUGGCUCCUUCUCAAUCACGUGUCACACUGUUUGAAAAGCUUAGUUUAACCCCCAUCCCCCCGAUUUAACUUUAUCAACUUGCACCAGAAGUUCAAUGUUCAGUCUGCUGCCUGAAGAGAAGUAAGAAUGAUUGUUAAUCUGUGUUUGAUUAUCGUCACUUUCCUUUGCAUUUAUAUUGUGAAGAAGCUGCUGGAGGAUGAGCCUGGACUGUUAAAUGGGAAGUAUUCUGUGCCAGGGAAAUGGUACGCAGUGAAAAAGUUACUCUUUCACAUUUUCUACCGCAUUUAUUGUUGGAAAGAUCGAUGGAAUGAUAUAACUGAUCAGGAGAAACAGAACAUGGGAUUAGUCUGCAGAAGACGUGAAGGAUUUCCAACUGGAGAUGGAAUUGAAGGCGAAACAGGGGGAUUGGGUAAACAAUUAAGAUCUACCAUUGAAGACGUGGAAUGUGUGCAAAAGUUUCUGAACCAUCCUCAAGCUAUCGACACAGUCUAUUUUAUGGGUUUCACCAAGACUGACAAAACUUUCUUUGUUACCCGUCUUUGUCGAAGGUUGAAUAGCCUUUGUGAAAUUUGGCUCUUUCUCAGAGUUGAAGGGAUUGGAUGCUUUGAGCACCCAAUCCAUCCUGAUUCAACCGUCAGCGCAGAGAGUGAGAAAUGCUGGAGUGGCGGAGGUUUGAGAAUAGAUUGCCUUGAAGCAUAUCGGCGAUGGCGUAUUUCAUUCAACGGAUUCCUGAGGAAGGGACCCUACAGAUCCAAGUGGAAUGAAGAGGAGGGGGAUCUUCUACAUGUCAAGUUGACUUUUAUAUGGACAAGCUUUUCCCCUGUGUUCAACUUUGACAUAGAUUCCCAUCCCAGUGCACUUGCUCACGCGUUUGCCAAGGAGAAGUGGAAUAAAAGGUUGCUUGACAGCCUAAAAGUGCAUCAUCAACAACAUACACACUAUGAACAGUGGGGACAGUAUGUAGGGGAAGUGGAAAUUGAAGGACAUGAGAGAAAGGAACUUCUUCUAACAGGACUGAGGGACCAUUCUUAUGGCAUCAGGGUUUGGGCUGAUAUGUAUCGAUAUGCAUUAUUUAUUGUACACUUUGAGAAUGGACUAUCAGUGAAUUUCACAUUGGUCUGCAUUCCAGCGACCACCACUCACCUGACUGUAGGUUACGUGCUUUUUCCUAAUGGGAAGAAGGCUGGGAUCGAUUGGUCAGACAUCUCUUUAGCAGACAUUGCUGAUGACGAAGUUAUUGCUGACAUGUACAGGAUCAGCUUCACAGCAGAUGGGAAAUACUUUGAUCUCCGGGUGUCGAUUGAUAAAAGUGCUUGCCCUGUCGUGUACAAUGGAUUGACUUGGGAAGGCAGAAUUCAUGAAUGUAUGGCCAACUAUCAUUUGAACUUAACUAUUCGCGGCCGGGGCUUAGUGGAAUUCCACUUCAGAAAUGAAAGCGGGCGACAGGCUCCAGACUUCACUGCAGCUACGAGGUUUCGGGAACCUGUGGUGGUGCCAGCGCACUGUGGUUUUGCAUUGGCAUUCUCUCACCCAUCAUGUCAAAGUGCCACAGUGGUGGGUGGCAAAGGUGCUCAGCUGGCACAGCUGACGGAGAUGCAGAAGCGAUUUGGAAAUCAGUUUCGUGUGCCCGAAGGCCUCUGUGUCACCAUCACAGCCCUAGAACACCAGAUGAAAAUGAACAGCAGUCUCCAGGAAGCCGUGGAGGAGCUGGAUGCUGUGAUAUGCACCCGAAAACAAGGAGAGCUUCAGGACCUGUGCAGAAGGUGUGUUGAACUGUUUAAAGUCACCAAACUGGCUCCGGAGAUAGAGACUGCCAUUCACAGUUGUAUGUCUGAGCUUCAGCUACUCGGAGCAGAGGAAUGGUUUGUUGUCAGAUCCAGUGCAACUGGGGAGGAUACAGAGGAUAUGUCUGCUGCAGGACAGCUUAGCACAGAGUUGGGAUUGAAAGGCUUUGGACAGAUAACUGAAGGUGUGCAGAAAUGUUGGGCCUCUCUGUACUCAUUCCAAGCAGUGCAAUAUCGCAGCCAGCGGGGGCAGCCAGUGCCUUCAACGAUGGGUGUAGUUAUUCAGCGGAUGGUACCAGCUGAGGCAGCAGGCGUGCUGUUCACCUGCGAUCCUGUCAAUGGACAUCCAGGCAGAAUGGUUAUCAAUGCCAAUUAUGGCCUGGGAGAGUCUGUGGUGAGUGGCAUGACAGAGCCUGACAGCAUCACCCUGUCUCGCAGUGUGAAAGGACAGUGUCAGAUCAUCAGGAAAGACAUUGGAGCAAAAACGCAUCAGCUGCUACAGACAGAUGAUUGGGGCAUUCUCCAUGAAGAGAUUUCUUCUUCACAAGAUGAACCCUGCUGUAUAACCGAUGACGUCAUUCUGAGAUUAAGCCAAAUAGCCCUUCGGGUAGAAAAAGCUUACGGGAGCUCAAGAGACAUCGAGUGGGCAAUAAAAGACGCAAAUAUUUAUUUGCUGCAGGCCAGGCCUAUAACAACACUUGACAUUCCGUCUGAGUUUGAACUGAUGCAUGAAUUUGACUCAGCGUUGACCUCAGACUUUGAAUGGCUGACAACCUGCAACAUCGGUGAAAUGAUGCCAGGAGCUGUUACACCUUUGACUUGCAGUCUGCUUGUCAGAGCCAUUGAAUAUGGAAUCCAGGAUUUGACCAUCAAAAGUGGAGGAAAGACUUGCUUCGCACCAUACAACAGCAAGGCUAUUGCGGUGUGCUGCACCCAUCUGUUCAUUAACCUGACGGACCUCGGGAGCAUGUAUGAACAGAACAACUUAAUCACCAAGAAGAAGAUAAGCGAGCUUGCGCUAUUAGGAAGGGAGCUGCAGGAACUAACCAUUCAUGAUCUCGCUUUAAUCCAUGGAGCAUCAUCCUUGUGGAAAAGGAUUCUUAAUAGCUUUACUCUUCUAAAGUAUUUGUUCAAUGCUGAAUCCAGAGUGAAGGCAAUACUGAAAAAUUUGGAAACUUUCCAGAUCCCGCUUGCAAAUGGGGCAAAAGAGUUUUACUUCAACAUUGAUCAGCUGCUGCCAUUGUUCUAUGAGGGUUGGGCUGCAUCAAUGGCACUGGGCUCCAGAUCAGGGAUUUGGAGCACAAUCGUCACAUCUAUAUUGUCCAACGGAAAGUCAAUGUGGACCCCUAAACUGUUGGCUGACGUUGCAAAGCUGUACAGCACAUGUCCUGAUAUCCUGUCUGCUGACAUGCCAACAUUGCUGGAGGCGGUCACAGAAGCAAUCAAAAAGCAAGGGAAGACUGCUGAGUUUGUGAAUAUGAAUGCUCAGACUGCUGUAUCCUGGUUGCUGUCUCAGGAAAGUGGGGAGGCCGGUCAGAAAUUCCAAAACUUUCUGCAGAAGCACGGUUAUCGCUGCCUCCGGGAGGCUGAACUGCGUGAAAAGUCAUGGGCGAGUGAACCAGCUAAAGUUAUUCCCGCCAUUCAAGCCGCCUUGCAAAGCAGCAAAGCCCGCAGCAAGAAGCUGGCAUUGUCUCCGGAAGAAGCCAUAGCUUCCAUAAAGUCACCCAUCACAUGGCUGGGAAAGCUAAUUCUCAGCUGGGUGCUGCCGAAGGCGAGAAAAGCUGUCGCCAGCAGAGAACUAUCAAAAUCUGCCGCAGUGCAGACGAAUGAUAAGUUUAAGAUAGCCUUCUGCCAUCUGGCUCAGCUAAUGGUGCAGGAGGGAUUACUGCCUGAUGUGGACUUACUUUUCUUCUUGUCCCACUUGGAAAUCAGAAAGGUGCUUCUUUACAGAUCACCAGCCCUGAUCCUCAGAGCUCAGAGUCGGAGGAGACUGCUGGUGAAGCAGAUGGCUCUACAGUUUGAAGAGAUAAAUAUUGGGAAGCCUAUCCCUCGCAACAAUAGCGCAAUACAUGUAAUUGGAGAAGGUUUUACACUGAGAGGUAUGACGAUCAGCCAAGGGAUUGUCGAGGGAACAGCUCAUGUUGUGAAAACUACCAUGGAGACUCGCUGCAUCCAGCAGGGAGACAUUUUAAUCAUAACCAGUACAGACGUUGGCUGGAGCCCAUAUUUCCCACUGUUGGGCGGGCUCGUCACUGAGCUUGGAGGCCUCUUGUCACACGGUGCUGUAGUGGCACGUGAGUACGGGCUGCCAUGCAUUGUGAACUGCAGAAAUGCAACAAACUUCUUCAAAUCAGGUGAUACAGUGAUUCUCAAUGGGUCCGAAGGCUUUGUGCAGAAAGUUGUCAAAAAGUUACAGACUUAAUUGGUGUGUUUGGAAAGAGAAUGCGUAGCUCCUGGGGCAGAGCAUUGCACGCACAGUAGAGUGUGUUUUAUUCAAAUAUAAGUCUUCGCGACCAACAUAAAACACCAAAUAGAACUAGCCAAUGUGAUACCUAUUCAAGAAUGAUAAGCAUUGACAAAGACACAAUCAUAAUAAUUUGCAUUUGAUAUAGCUCCUUAUCACGUCGUUGAGAUGUCUUAAAGAGCUUCACAGAAUAUACCGCAAAAUGAAUUGACUGUGUAUUUUGUGGGUGAAACGUGGCUGAAGUAUUUGCACAGCAGCGUCCCACAAACAGUCGCGGAUUGAGUGAACAAAUUAUUAUUUUUGGGGGGAGGGAUUAUUACAUGCAUACAAUCUGCUAUUUACAUUCAUUCAAAGAUAAAAUUGGGUCUCAGUGAUGGUUUAUUAGGAAAAUCAAGGCACCUUAUAAUUACCUUCUGUCCACACAGUUAACACAAUCCGCAAUUCAGAUUCAUAAUGAGCUUUUAUUCAUUGGUUAUUUAGUCCUGAAAAUUCUGCAUUGAACUAGGUUAAUAGUUACUGAAUCAUUAUACAAUAAGGAUUUUUCUAAUUCACUAACAUCUGUGAAAUAAAAUUCGAUAUCUCUGCUGCAUAAAUCGCCUGGCACAUGGUCACUUCACCUCAAUUGGUCACUGAUGUGAAAUUCAACUCCGCCACACUUUAUUAAAUACGAGUAAAAGAAA